AUGAGUCGACGCAACCGCAAAGACGUUGACGACCUUCUCGCCGACCUUGACAAUCUUGGUGCCGAGCAACCCACCAGGCCUUGCCGCAAAUCUGCCGACAAAGCUGCAGGCUCCAAUACCGGUUCGAACGAUGCAUCCGGCGCUGGAGCAAAGAAGGCACCAGAAGAUGCGCAGAGCCUGCUAGACGACUUGGAUAGCUUAGUUCAGAGUCGAGCUGCGUCUAGCAGCAGAGCCUCGCAGCGGAAGAAGGAUGAUGCUGCUUCGACCCCAGCUGCGACUACUCCAGCAGCAACGCAGGCAGAGACAUGCACCACAACGACUACUGAGCCCGCUGCAGCUGCGGCAAUGACAACGGAGAAGUCAGAGCUAGAGACAACAUUUGUGCCUGCUUCGAGCUCGAGUGGCGCUGGGGGUGGAUGGGCUGGUUGGGGCAGCUCUUUGUUCUCUCAGGCGAGUAAGCUGGCGGAGCAGGCUAGACAGGAGCUGGAGAAGAGAGCUCCUACUCAGGCUGAACAGGCUCGUGAGUUGGGGAACAAGGUGGGCAAUAAGGGUUGGGAUCUGGCAAAGGGAGUCAGAGGGUUUGUAAAAGAUGCUGGUCUUGAAAAGUGGGGCGAGGAAGUGACAAAGGUAGGCAAGAGAGGCUGGACAGACAUCGUCAAUGCCGUCGCUCCACCCAUUGCCGCUCACGAGAUCAUUCAAGUUACUCUCAGCCACGACAUGAUUGGCUACGAUGGCAUUUCCGACGUCACCUACCAAGUCCUUGCGAAAGUGAUGGAACAAGUCGAUUCUUCAGGUACCGAACAGCAGCUUAUUGUUAACAAGGCGCAAAUCGAACUUCCUGCCUCGAAACCCAAAAGGCAAGGUGGGGAGCAAGAGAGAGAUUUGAACGCGGUUGAAGGUUUCACUGCUGCUUUCAAGCUGGCAAAAGUGAACCUGGAGGAGUGUAUCAAGCAGCAUGAAGUAGCGGCUCCAGUACAAAAGGUUGCUGAAGGCUUGCCAAUCACAACUUGCCCUGUGUUCGUUCGGAUUCAGGCUUGUACAGCUGAUCUGCCAGGGAGGGAAGAAGGGCAAGGGGAAGGAAAGUCUUUGUUCUUCCUGAUCAUGUUGAGAGAUGCUCAGCACGGGUUAAGCCACAAGACUGUUUCUCAGGCUGUGCCUUGCUCUUGGUUGGAUGUAGCAUUCGAAGAGAAUCAAUGGGUCGAAGAGUCACUGGUGGAUGUUCUUUCGAAUGCUCUCAGUGUUGUUGGACAGGACUAUGUUCAGGGAAGAAUGUCUGGUCGCACCAAGUCGAGUCAGGAGGGCGUUGUUGGUUCGAGUGAGAAGCCAACUGAAAGCGCUUCCUGA